CCGGCCCAUGAACCGAAGAGAGCUGGAACUGAACACCAAGUGCGUGGUGGAGAUGGAAGGGAACCAGACGGUCCUGCACCCUCCUCCUUCCAACACCAAGCAGGGAGAAAGAAAGCCUCCCAAGGUGUUUGCCUUUGAUUAUUGCUUUUGGUCCAUGGAUGAAUCAAACACAACAAAAUACGCUGGUCAAGAAGUUGUUUUCAAGUGCCUCGGGGAAGGAAUUCUUGAGAAAGCCUUUCAGGGAUACAAUGCUUGUAUUUUUGCAUAUGGCCAGACCGGCUCCGGAAAGUCUUUCUCCAUGAUGGGCCAUGCUGAGCAGCUAGGCCUUAUCCCAAGGCUCUGCUGUGCUCUGUUUAAAAGGAUCUCUCUGGAGCAAAAUGAGUCACAGACCUUUAAAGUCGAAGUAUCAUAUAUGGAAAUUUAUAAUGAGAAAGUUCGGGACCUCUUGGACCCCAAGGGGAGUAGGCAGUCUCUUAAAGUCAGAGAGCAUAAGGUUCUGGGGCCAUAUGUAGAUGGUCUGUCCCAGCUGGCUGUCACCAGCUUUGAGGACAUCGAGUCACUGAUGUCUGAGGGAAAUAAGUCUCGAACGGUAGCUGCAACCAACAUGAACGAGGAGAGCAGCCGCUCCCAUGCUGUGUUCAACAUCAUCAUCACACAGACGCUGUAUGACCUGCAGUCUGGGAACUCGGGGGAGAAAGUCAGUAAGGUGAGCCUGGUCGACCUGGCGGGGAGCGAGAGAGUGUCGAAGACGGGAGCUGCGGGUGAGCGUCUGAAAGAAGGCAGCAACAUUAACAAAUCGCUUACAACCUUGGGAUUGGUUAUAUCAUCGCUUGCCGACCAGGCCGCUGGCAAAGGCAAAAACAAAUUCGUGCCUUAUCGAGAUUCUGUUCUCACUUGGCUUCUUAAGGACAACUUAGGAGGGAACAGCCAGACCUCCAUGAUAGCCACCAUCAGCCCGGCAGCGGACAAUUACGAGGAGACGCUGUCCACACUGAGAUACGCAGACCGAGCUAAGAGGAUCGUGAACCACGCUGUAGUGAAUGAGGACCCCAAUGCUAAAGUCAUCCGGGAACUGCGAGAGGAAGUGGAGAAACUGAGAGAGCAGCUCUCACAGGCUGAGGCCAUGAAGGCCCCGGAGCUGAAGGAGAAGCUUGAAGAAUCUGAGAAACUGAUAAAGGAGCUAACAGUGACAUGGGAAGAGAAGCUGAGGAAAACGGAAGAGAUUGCACAGGAGAGACAGCGGCAGCUGGAGAGCAUGGGCAUCUCCCUGGAGACCUCCGGGAUCAAGGUGGGGGAUGACAAGUGCUACCUUGUCAACCUGAACGCGGACCCCGCCCUCAACGAGCUUCUGGUUUACUAUUUAAAGGAUCACACCCGCGUGGGUGCAGAUACCUCUCAGGACAUCCAGCUCUUUGGGAUCGGGAUUCAGCCCGAGCACUGUGAGAUCGACAUCGCCGCAGAUGGAGACAUCACUCUGACGCCAAAAGAAAAUGCAAGGUCGUGUGUAAAUGGCACCCUCGUCUGCAGUACCACCCAGCUAUGGCACGGUGACAGAAUCUUAUGGGGAAAUAACCACUUUUUUAGAAUUAAUUUACCUAAGAGGAAACGGCGGGACUGGUUGAGAGACUUUGAGAAAGACGCAGGUCCAGCAGAGCAUGACCUGGAUGCUGCAAGCGAGGCCUCCUCGGAACCAGACUACAACUACGAGUUCGCACAGAUGGAGGUCAUCAUGAAAACCCUCAACAGCAAUGAUCCAGUUCAGAAUGUGGUUCAGGUCCUGGAGAAGCAGUACCUGGAAGAGAAGAGGACUGCCCUGGAGGAGCAGCGGCUCAUGUAUGAACGCGAGCUGGAGCAGCUACGCCAGCAGCUCUCCCCUGAGAGGCAGCCACCGAGCAGUGCCUCCGACCGCCUGGCUUACAGCAGCCAGACAGCCCAGCAGAAGGUGACCCAGUGGGCUGAGGAGAGGGAUGAACUGUUCAGGCAGAGCCUGGCCAAGCUUCGAGAGCAGCUGGUGAAAGCGAACACUCUGGUGAGGGAAGCCAACUUCCUAGCUGAGGAAAUGAACAAGCUCACCGACUACCAAGUGACUCUUCAGAUCCCCGCGGCCAACCUCAGUGCCAACAGGAAGAGAGGGGCGAUAGUGAGUGAGCCUGCCAUUCAAGCGAGGAGAAAAGGAAAGAGCACCCAGAUUUGGACCAUCGAGAAGCUGGAGAAUAAAUUAAUUGAUAUGAGAGACCUUUACCAAGAAUGGAAAGAAAAUGUCCCUGAGGCCAAGAGGCUCUAUGGGAAGCGAGGCGACCCUUUUUACGAAGCUCAGGAGAAUCACAACCUCAUCGGUGUGGCUAAUGUGUUCUUGGAAUGUCUCUUCUAUGACGUUAAACUUCAAUAUGCAGUACCCAUCAUCAGCCAGCAGGGGGAGGUUGCCGGGCGUCUCCACGUGGAGGUCAUGCGUAUCACUGGGACUGUUCCAGAGCGUGUGUCAGAGGAUGACUCUUCCGAGAACUCUAGUGAAAGCGGAAGUCUUGAAGUCGUGGACAGCAGCGGCGAAGUCAUUCACCGAGUCAAGAAGCUGACGUGCCGGGUGAUAAUUAAAGAGGCAACUGGGCUCCCCUUAAGCCUCUCAAAUUUCGUCUUCUGUCAGUAUACGUUCUGGGACCAGUGUGAGUCCACGGUGGCAGCCCCGGUGGUGGAUCCAGAUGUGCCUUCCCCGCAGUCCAGGGAUGCCCAGUACACAGUGACCUUCUCUCACCGCAAGGACUUUGUGGUGACUGUCACAGAAGAGUUCCUAGAGUUCAUUUCCGAUGGCGCACUGGCGAUUGAAGUGUGGGGCCACCGGUGCGCUGGGAACGGAAGCUCCAUCUGGGAGGUCGACUCCCUCCAUGCGAAGACAAGAACAUUGCGUGACAGGUGGAAUGAAGUCACUCGAAGGAUAGAGAUGUGGGUCUCCAUACUGGAACUGAAUGAGCUGGGGGAGUACGCCGCCGUGGAGCUUCACCAGGCGAAAGACGUCAACACUGGGGGCGUCUUUCAACUCAGACAGGGGCACUCGCGUAGAGUGCAGGUCACGGUAAAACCUGUGCAGCAUUCAGGGACGCUGCCACUCAUGGUGGAAGCCAUCCUGUCGGUAUCCAUUGGCUGCGUGACUGCAAGGUCCACCAAGCUGCAAAGAGGGCUGGACAGUUACCAGAGAGAUGAGGAGGAUGGCGAUGAUAUGGAUAGUUAUCAGGAAGAAGACUUGAACUGCGUAAGAGAGAGAUGGUCAGAUGCGCUCAUUAAACGGCGGGAAUACUUAGACGAACAGAUUAAAAAAGUCAGCAAUAAAAAAGAGAAAACAGAAGACGACAUGGAGCGGGAAGCCAGGCUGGUGGAGCAGUGGGUGGGGCUGACGGAAGAGAGGAACGCAGUGCUGGUGCCUGCCCCCGGCAGUGGGAUCCCCGGGGCACCGGCUGAUUGGGUCCCGCCUCCUGGAAUGGAAACACACAUACCGGUUCUCUUCUUGGAUCUGAAUGCGGAUGACCUUAGUGCCAAUGAGCAGCUGGUGGGCCCCCACGCAUCGGGUGUGAACUCCAUCCUGCCCAAGGAGCAUGGCAGUCAGUUCUUCUACCUGCCCAUCAUAAAGCACAGUGGUGAUGAGGUUUCAGCCACAGCUUCCUGGGACUCCUCGGUCCACGAUUCUGUUCACCUGAAUCGGGUCACGCCGCAGAAUGAAAGGAUCUACCUGAUUGUGAAGACCACAGUUCAACUCAGCCACCCGGCAGCUAUGGAGCUAGUGUUACGGAAGCGGAUUGCAGCCAAUAUUUAUAACAAACAGAGUUUCACCCAGAGUCUCAAGAGAAGGAUAUCGCUAAUAAAUAUAUUUUACUCUUGUGGAGUGACCUAUGAGAUAGUGUCCAACAUACCAAAGGCGACCGAGGAGAUUGAGGACAGGGAAACACUGGCUCUCCUGGCAGCACGGAGUGAGAAUGAGGGCACCUUAGAUGGGGAGACAUAUAUCGAGAAGUACACACGUGGGGUGCUGCAAGUUGAGAACAUUCUGAGUCUGGAGCGGCUCCGGCAGGCCGUCACGGUCAAGGAAGCGCUCUCCACCAAAGCCCGGCACAUUCGGAGAAGCCUCAGUACACCAAACGUUCACAAUGUCUCCUCUAGUCGGCCAGAUCUCUCUGGCUUUGAUGAAGAUGAUAAGGGCUGGCCCGAGAACCAGUUAGACGUGUCUGACUACAGCUCCAGUUACCAGGAUGUCGCAUGCUAUGGGACUUUACCCAGGGACUCACCUCGCAGGAGCAAAGAAGGUUAUCCAUCCGAGAAUCCACAUGCCUUAACAGUCAGCCCUUUUAAAGCGUUUUCUCCUCAGCCACCAAAGUUUUUCAAACCCCUAAUGCCUGUAAAAGAGGAGCAUAAGAAAAGGAUAGCCCUUGAAGCGAGACCUCUCCUAAGCCAAGAGAGCAUGUCUCCAUCUCAGGCACAUAACCCUGGCUGCAUUGUACCCCCAGGAAGCAAUGGCAGCAGCAUGCCAGUAGAACACAAUAGCAAACCUGAGGAGAAGAUUGACUCCGAAGAGGAGGAAAAUGAGCUGGAAGCUAUUAGCAGGAAGCUGAUGCACCCACAGCCUUAUGUGCCCGUGGAGUUUGCUGACUUCAGUGUUUACAACGCCAGCUUGGAGAACAGGGAGUGGUCUUCUAAAGCGGGCCUGACAGACUCAAGUGUCUUGGAGAAAGCGGUGUCUCGGAGCCCAACCACCAGCAGCCUCACCAGUGGCUACUUCUCCCAUAGUGCCUCCAAUGCCACUCUGUCCGACAUGGCAGUCCCUUCCAGCGACAGCUCGGACCAGCUAGCCAUCUCUGCAAAGGAUUCUGAGUGUAGUGAGCACUCUGGACCAGCACUUACGCCUGACUUCAGACCAGCUUCAAAUAAAGAGCCUACCGAAGUAGAAAGAGGCUUGGGGAAGGAUCAGACAAUCACCGUGCCACACGAGGAAAACAGUGCCUUACCCAAGGGGAAUGUGUCACCCCAGAGCAUCCCUGAGAUAAAUUCCAGAAUGCCAUGCAGGACUGCCUCAUGUUCAGAACUGGAUGCUGGCCCCAGCAAAAAUGGCCAACUAGCCAGAGAAUUCUGCCCAGGAGAGGUGACUGUAGAACACACUACAAACAUACUAGAGGACCAUUCCUUCACAGAGUUCAUGGGUGUGUCUGAUGGCAGAGACUUUGAUGGUUUGACAGGUUGCUCUGUUGGAGAGCCCUCUGGUAGAACGGAUCUACCAGAUGAAACAGACCAUAAAAGUGUCCCAGAUGGACCCCCGGAUGCUGGCCAGCUGCAUUCCAAGAUAGAUAAAGAGCAGGAAACCACGGCCACAUGGUAGGAGACAGCCAUGCAUCUGCAGGCCACAGCUCGGCAGCUUCCCCACUCCUGCCCUGGGACAGUACACGCCCCCUGUGUGACCCAGCACGGGACAGCUGUGACUCAGCACGACCUCAGACCAGCACUGGGGGAGCCUGGCACCUCCCCUCCCCAGUGGGAGAAGCAGCACUUUGUCCCAUGGCGAAUCACAGCCUCUGCUCUUUCCAGAAAGGAAGAGAAAUGAAAUCUCGGCUUACCUGUGUGGCCGUAUUGUCGUUUGCACUUCCUACAUGCCCCCACUGUGUAAAGACCUCCACAGACUCAAACUUUAUUCUUGUACAUUUUUAAUCAGUUCUUACUGCAGACUCUGGAGUCAAUGCUCUGAUUUGUCUUUUUAUAAAUAAUAUAUAUUAUGUAUGUGAAUUGUGUAUCUAUGGUAUGUCUGUUCAGAGACAUAUCUGCACAUUGAAAUGCAGAUAAGUGAUUUGUCAAAAAUCACAAGGUACUGGACUUUGUUACAAAGCGACCUGAUGACUGCUUUGACACGAGCAGAUGAAAAAAUACCUAUUUUAUUAUCUAAGAAUGAGGUUCUUAAUCCCUCUUUAUAGAGACGGUUGCCGGCGCUGUUCUUUAUAACCAAAGAACUCCUAUGAGACUGAACGUCUUUGCUGUCCACUCUGUUUUGUGUGAGUAUAUAAUCUCACUUCCGGUCUGGUGCCAUACUACCCUUGGCUACCCAGCCAUGUGCUGCCCUGUCCCCUGUCCCAUUUCCUAAGCACACUGAGAAAUCUCACAGCUAUAACCUUUGGUCUUCCACCUAGCCUGAUACCUGCUGACUUGAUAUUGACCGUUGACAAUGGCUGGGGCUCCUGCUCUAGCCUAGCUUUCCUAUACCCUGUUCAGCCCAUCUAAGCAGGCAGAAUGCACAGGGCAGUAUUACAACAAGCAAACCCAAAGCUGUACCAAGAGUGGAGGAGGGGCGCUGGGGGAGGAGUCUUGGUUUAGGGCUUCUCAUUAUCACUUUGUUUCAGAUUGGUAAAUUCCAUCGUGGUGUGGUUUUGCCAUGUUGCUUGCUUCCAGAAAAUGAUGACGAGACGGACCGAGCUAUCAGAUUCAUAGGUUUGCACGUCACCUCGAUUGAAGGGGGAUUGGAUAUGGACCACUCAGUCGUCGUAUUUUUCAUUUUCAAACUCUCCUGCAAGCAGAGACAUUGUAGGAUUGCGUGUGGAAAUUUUUACAAAAAUAUUUUAUGUACUUAUUCUGCAGAUGCCUGUGCAGUGGACCUCCAUGUACAGCUACGUGUGUGUUGUGAGAGAAAGGGAGGCAUGUGUGUGGCCUGCUGUACUUUUGUUAAAUCCUUAGUGUUGGUGAGGGCAAUACGGGAGAUUUUAUUGAAAAGCUGCUGUUUUGUGUGUAUAGUGAGCUGACUGUAGUGUUUCACUAUCUUCUGUUAAAAACAAAAAGAGAAGCUGUAAUUUAUAUUCCCUUUCAAGUUUAUUGUAUUUAAUUGGUACAGAUUUGUGUGUGUUUUAGAAUACAAACUGUCUAAUUCAG